AUGGGAAACGCUAUAGGCAAAGCAUCAAACGACAUCGGAGGUUUUAUCGGGAAUAUUUUCACAGCACCGUUAAAAGCCACACUUGGAAGAUCCUGUUUAGAUGUAUGCUCGGGACCAUGGGAUCUUGAGUGUUUCAUAGAACAUUUCUGUCUUCCUGAUAUUGCAAAGCUUGUGCUGAUGUCAAGCCUCUGUUUCAUAAUUUUGAUGUUCAUCACCCUCCUGUUCAAGCUUGGAAUUUGCCAAUGUGUUGUGAAAAGUAUCUGCAAAAUGUCAUGUGCCGCUUGUGCAGCGUACUGGUUCGACAUUGGAGAGAUGAUUAGUUGCUUGUGUCACAGUUUGACUAACAUAAAUCGGGUCAACCGUCGCAGAAAACGUCUCGAUGAUAUAGAAGCUACGACCUAUGAUUAUCCGAGUGAUGAUGAAUCAAGUUCAUCGGACAGUCCCAGUCGAAUAGAUAACAUUAGACCAAAGCAGAGAAGAAGAAGACUAGGAAGCAAACACAGCCACCACCAUCAUGGCAGCAAUCGCAACAACCGCCGUCUCAUAAGACUACCGAGUAGACAAUUGUCUGUACGAGUUGGAGGCAAAUCAAGAAGAGUAAGAAGAAGUACUAGAAAGAUUAAAUCGAGGAAAAUAAAGACUCUCAAAGUCAAAGAUGUGGUUGAUUAAAAUGUCUCUAGAAUUCCUUAAAGAGUGUCUCUAAACUCAAAAACAGAAUUAUCUCAUUUAUUCAGAUGAAAUGAAACACAAAAACCAUUAAUCCAUGUAAAUCAUUUUAUAACCAACCUCUCUCCCUCUCUAUUUGUAUAUGUGCAAGAGAGUAAAUAAGCCGGGAUGGAUAAGUAACGGUUCACUUUCAGAGG